UCGAAAUGGCGGCUCCCAGUGCUCAUGGGGAAGAAGUUUAACUUUGGGAAGAUUCUCUUCAGCAACACCACCGUUUUCCUGAGAUUUGAAGGGGAUGAAAAAGCAUGUGAUCCCUCCCAAAGUUACAAUGUUACUUGGUACUUAAGGUAUUCUGACUGCUACAAUGAAGUCUUCAACUUUGGGGAUGAACAGGCAGAGUACUAUUUUGGGGCUACAUCUGAAGAGCAUCCGGGUUGGUCAGGAUACUAUGCCACGGCUUCUCUCGUCUUUCCAAAUUGCUCCGAGCUCUUCAGGCCUCAGAUUUUCUAUAAAGAAUUUGUUCAUCCAGAGCCUCUCUCACCUGAGAAACAAGAGAAGGAGAGUGGAGGAAAUCACACAAUGGUGGCAGAUAAAACUGCAAUGAAUGCUGUUAUCAAAACUUGGCGAGAUGGGCCGUAUAUAUUUAUUGUGCAAAUUGGAAUUACAACUGCAAAGGAUGUUACUACCAAAGUUAAAAGAACGGAGAAAACAACACCUUCUUCCUAUCAAUAUAAACCAUUUACAAUGACAGUAGAACUGAAGGGGCCAUAUGAGUAUCUCUCACUUGCAGACUAUCCUCUGAUGAUUUUUUUCAUGGUGAUGUGUAUUGUAUACGUAUUCUUCGGCGUUCUAUGGCUUGCGUGGUCAGCCUGUUACUGGCGGGAUCUCCUGAGGAUCCAGUUCUGGAUUGGUGCCGUUAUCUUCCUGGGAAUGCUUGAGAAAGCUGUUUUCUAUGCAGAGUUCCAGAAUAUCCGCUACACAGGGGAAUCUGUUCAAGGAGCAGUAAUACUGGCAGAACUGCUUUCUGCUGUGAAGCGCUCAUUGGCUCGAACUCUGGUCAUCAUAGUCAGCCUGGGAUAUGGGAUAGUCAAGCCUCGCCUUGGAGUUACUCUUCACAAAGUAGUUAUGGCUGGAGCCCUUUAUCUAUUAUUUUCUGGCAUGGAAGGUGUUCUUAGAGUCACAGGGGCCCAGAAUGAUCUUGCCUCCUUGGCCUUUAUUCCCCUGGCUUUCCUAGAUACUGCCCUGUGCUGGUGGAUAUUCAUCAGCUUAACGCAAACAAUGAAACUGCUAAAACUUCGAAGGAAUGUUGUGAAACUCUCUUUGUAUCGGCACUUCACCAACACACUCAUCUUGGCAGUAGCAGCAUCUAUUGUAUUUAUCAUCUGGACCACCAUGAAGUUCAGGCUGGUGGACUGUCAGUCGGACUGGCAGGAGCUAUGGGUGGAUGAUGCCAUCUGGCGAUUAUUGUUUUCAAUGAUCCUUUUUGUCAUCAUGAUUCUGUGGAGACCAUCUGCUAACAACCAAAGGUUUGCUUUCUCACCACUGUCUGAAGAGGAAGAUGAUGAUGAGCAGAAAGAGCCAAUGCUAAAGGAAAGUUUUGAGGGAAUGAAAAUGAGAAGUACAAAGCAAGAACCAAAUGGGAAUGUAAAAGCAAACAAAGCUCAGGAGGAUGACCUGAAGUGGGUAGAAGAGAAUGUUCCUUCAUCAGUGACAGACGUUGCUCUUCCAGCUCUUCUGGAUUCAGAUGAGGAAAGAAUGAUUACACACUUUGAAAGGUCCAAAAUGGAAUGAAGGAGUAGCUUUUUCCUAUUGGAAGUGGAGACGCCUCUUUUAAAGUUGCUUGGUGGAGCAAGUGCAUCCUGCUGAUUUGUUUCUUAAUCUCAGCCUUGGAAGUUUGAUGCUUUGUUGUCAUGAGGGCGUUUUGCUGUGGAAGAAGUUCACAAGGACAUUAUAAACCUUUCGGAAAUUUGAAUUUACAAUGUUGCUGCAAGUUUGGAUUUUUAAGCAAUUUAAAUGUGUACUAUUCCAGCACCUUCUGUAACUUUUCAAAUAUUUAAUCUGUGAAACUAAAAUUCCUAAUGUCUGCUUGAGCAGUUUAUAUUUC